AUGACUUCUCAGGUAUAAGUAAAUCAGGGUGCAUCUCUACAAAACUGCAAUAAUCAGCUUGUAGCUUGCUUACCCCCCCCUUCGUGAGCGAUCAAAAAAUUUUGUUCGCUCACGGAGGGGGGUUAAAUUUUUUUUUAGAAAAUUUAAAAAACUCCAAUUUGUAAAAAUUGAGAAGCAAAAAUUAAUUUAAUUUGCGAAAUUUAAGUUUUAAAUGCAAGCUGUUUAAAAUUAAAACAGAAUUAGCUAGAGAUUUCAUUAUAACAAUUAUCAUUUAUAUAUCAAAAUCUUUUUUUUUCAUAAAAUAUUUUUAUAUUAAAAAUAAUUUUUGCUUGCUCAUGGAUGGUGGGUUUUUGGGUAAAAAAAAGGAUUUUUUCUAAAGUUUUGUUCGCUCACGGAGGGGGGAGUUAGAAGAGCUAAAAGAACAAAGAGGAGGGCUUGAUCAAAACAUUGAGAAAGUUUUGAAGGAAAAAAGUGAAAUAGAAAAGCAACUUGCCCAGCUUAGUAAAGAAUUAGCAUUAGUUAAUGGUAAGAACUAGGUAUAGAGGUUUCCUCUAUAUAGCGCUAAAAGCGCAGACAUUUUCCCAGGAGCUUUCCAAGUUCGUCGGACCAAAUCGCUUUUUGGUCCGACCAAGGCAUUGAUUUGGUGCAACCUACCGAUAAAUUCCGAUCAGAAUUUAUCGGCCUUACAGCGCCAAACAUAGGAAACUUCUAUAGAAAACUUGAGUAAAAAGAUUCAAGCGAGAAAUGAAUUUGAUAGGACAAUUCAAGAAACUGAAGGGGCAUACAUGAAGAUCUUAGAAAGUUCUCAAACUUUACUGCAUGUACUUACUCCCCCCCCUCCGUGAGUGAACAAAAAAAUUUUAUUCACUCACGGAGGGGGGUUAAUUUUUUUUUUUUAAAAAAUUUAUAUAUAAAAUUUUACAACAAAUAUUUUUUUUCGAAAUUUAAAAAAAAUCCUAAUUCGCAAAAAUUGGAAAGCAAAUAUUAAUUUAAUUUAUAAAAUUUAUGUUUUAAAAAAGCAAUUCGUUUAAAAUUAAACAGAAUUAGCUCUAGAUUUCAUUAUACUAAUUAUCACUUAUAUAUCAAAAUCGUUUUCCAUCAAAAAAUUUUUCUAUUAAAAAAAUUUUUUGUUCACUCACGGAGGGUGGGUUUUUGGGCAAAAAAUGGCGAUUUUUCUAAUGGUUUUGUUCACUCACGGAGGGGGGGGGAGUUAAGAGAGAAUCAACAAAUUUAAAUAAAAGAAUAUCCGACUCCUAA